AUGUCCCUGUUUCACCACGGAAAUGCUUCAUUCACCCAAGGAAGAAGAAACCUACAAGCCAACAUUUUUAUGCAUUUCUGUAUUGAUUUAUUUGGUUAUUUCUUUCAUAGGUAUUUAUUUCUCCGCUUGUUUCUUUCGUUCCGCGGAGCGCGCGGCGGCUCCUCCGUUGGGCUCGCUGAGGAAACGGACGAACGGCCGCGCGCUCCGGCGGCUCGGCAGCGGCAGCGGCAGCGGCAGCGGCAGCGGCAGCGGCAGCGCCUCUCUCGAUCGGUUUUCCGCUCGACUUUCCGCUCGCUCUCCGUUCCCUUCUCCCUCUCACACUCACUCUACUGCCGUCCCGUGACGUGCCGUGCCGUCCCUCUCAGCCUCUCCCAGCCCGGCUUAUGCCGCGUCCCGCAAGGCGCCCGUGGGCGAGUCGGCCCCCGGCCCGCCCCUGUCGGGCCCGCCUCGGUCCCACCUCCGCCAGGUUCUCUCCGCACUGCUUGUGGCGCCUCUGGAAGAGUUUCUGGAAGAGUUCCUCCCUCUGGUGGUGGGGGAGCGGCACCGUCUUUUGGCUCCGCCUGGUGCGGGCCCUGGCCCAGCCCCGAACGAGGCCCCUGCCAGAGCCGCCCCGCUGCCGCCCGGCUCCCGCCCCGUCGCCGGCAGCGUCCCCGAGCCGAGCCCGGCCGCUCGUCAGCUGGGCCGCCGGCCCCGAGUCGCCGGAGCCCGGAGCGGCUCGGGAAGCAGCAGUGCCCGGGGCGGUCGGGUGCUCCGGGCAGAAUGCCGAGAGCGCGAUGCCGCCCGGACGGGCGGAGAAGCCUCCCCUGGAGCAGCUCUACCGGCAGGGCUCGCUGCUGGGGAGCGGCGGCUGCGGCAGCGUUUACUCCGGGACCCGGCUCGCCGACGGACCCUGUCAGACCCUAUAAAAGUGUGCUACAGAUAGAAAUAAACGGCGCUCACUAUACUUCUGUGGAGACUCGAACACCAGAAUACAGCCCACCGGAAUGGAUCCUCUUCGGCUGCUACCGUGGCCAGCCAGCCACCAUCUGGUCCCUGGGUAUCCUGCUCUACGACCUGGUCUGCGGGCACCUUCCUUUCCACAACAAUGAGGACAUCAUCCGGGGCCAGCUCUUCUUCCCACCCCGGGCAUCUCAAGGAGCUCUCCUUCCUCAGAGCUCCCCAUGGAAGAGAGAGCAGGAGAAUGGGAAAAAGGCCAACUGCUAUGAUAAUGACAGUAGGAAAAAACAGGAGCUGAGUUCAGAGGGAAAAGGACAUAAGCCCAAUGUCAAACCCACCACCAUAUGGCCCAAGAGUAGAGGUGGUGGUGGGGAAGAGGAGGCAGCGGUCCAAAGGAGGCCCUUGGAGCUCUCCUGGACCACAGUGGCUGCCAGCAGCAACCGCCCUCGGAGUGGGGCCUCUCAGAGCCAGCGAGCUCUGACGCUUGCUGCACUCGCAGGAUCGCCCAUCAACAAUGGAUCCUGGGCCAAUACCCCCUCUCCUGGAGGCUCCAGUUUAACUACUGUUAAGCUUGAGUGCUGUUAA